GAGCUGGGUGUUUGUUUGGGACUGGGGAAGGGAGGCGGCGGGUGAAGCGCACGUAGAGCGGGGGGAGCGGCGCUGCCUGUGGAGAUCCGCUGAGGCCGACAGGACUCGCUGGCUGCCGUCCCCGCUGCCGUGCACUGGUUGUCAUCUAUUGUGGACUAAAGAAUCCUGAACUUGGAAGGAAAAAUUGAAUAGAUUUCUUCUACAUGGUUUGGGUUUUAUCAUAGUGAAAGAGGCAAAUGAACUUACUGCAUCAUAGUGCAUCAACAGUUCUUUACAGGUUACAAAAACAACUAACAUACAACCAUGAAAGAUCCAAGUCGCAGCAGUACUAGCCCAAGCAUCAUCAAUGAAGAUGUGAUUAUUAAUGGUCAUUCUCAUGAAGAUGAUAAUCCAUUUGCUGAGUACAUGUGGAUGGAAAAUGAAGAGGAAUUCAACAGACAGAUUGAAGAGGAGUUGUGGGAAGAAGAAUUUAUUGAGCGCUGUUUCCAGGAAAUGCUGGAAGAAGAAGAAGAACAUGAGUGGUUCAUUCCAGCUCGAGACCUCCCACAAACUAUGGACCAAAUCCAGGACCAGUUUAAUGACCUUGUCAUCAGUGACAGUUCUUCUCUGGAGGAUCUUGUGGUCAAGAGUAAUCUGAAUCCAAAUGCAAAGGAGUUUGUUCCUGGGGUGAAGUACUAAAUAUUUGAGUAGAUGGGGCCCUCUUUUGGUGGAUGUAGCACAAUUUCCACACUGUGAAGGCAGUAUUAGAAGACUUAAUUGUAAAAGCUCUCCCUUCUUGUCACUGUGUUACACUUAUGCAUUGCCAAAGUUUUGUUAGUCUUGCAUGCUUAAUAAAAGUGCUGAGACUGUUAUUAAGUAAAAAGCUGUCAAACGUUUACUGAAAGUAAUUGGACCUUGGCUUGAUGUGAAGGACAGUGAGGAAAGAAGCACCAGUCAAGUUGUGACAAAUCAGACAACCUCUGAAAAAGAUUUAGAAAUUUGACUAAAUGAUUUGUUUUAAUUGAGACUAAACUAGUCACUUGGUGUUAACCAACACCUGUUAAUGCCUUAACUUUAAAAAAAAAAGUCAAUUUUGAAAGUAAAGUUCUAAUUGUUAUACAAAUUACUUCGUUCAGACUUCAGUAUUGUUACUUAUUGUAUUUGUCCCCGUGGAGAGAAACUUAUACUUCAAGAAUAGAAUUGGUAAUGAAAGAGCUCCACGCAAGCCAGCUGGUCUCGAGUGGCUUCUAAAGUUACAGAGUAACAAAUGGAUGGAAAACUACCCCCUGAUUUUUACAUUAUGUUAUCAUGUUAGAAAUGUUGAAACCCACUCCUAGUUAUACAUCCAAGGAGGAGUGUAAUUUGAAAAUUACAUCAUCUUCCAAGUUCCCCAGUACUUCAUAGCUGUGUCUAUGUAAAUUCUAGCAUAUAACACUUAGUCAAAUUGAACCAAGGAAGUCUUAGCAUUCUGAUUUGAGUGGUGCUUUUCCCUUGCUUUGUUAAUCAUCACUACACAAUAGUCUACAGCACAACAACUUUUCUUUUAACAAAGCUAGAACAGUUUUGGCUUCUUAAACUUCAUAUUUGGGUAGGUUAAGCUGCCAUACGUGUUCAGUGUGAAUAGUGUUUAAGUUGAAAAUAUUGUAAAAAAAUUAUAUUUUUUCAAAAAUAUUUAAAAAAAUAAAUAAUAGUAGAACUGAGCUGAUGGUUGUGUUUAUUGGAUGCAAGAAUUCUCCCUUAUGGAGAAAACUACUUUUUAUCUGUGGGCUCAGUAACUUGACAUAAGAACUGUCACAAACAAAUAGGCUUUAUUGGAUUUCAAAUUGUUGGGCACAUACAUAAAAGAUUUAUCACACUGGAUGUGCCUCUCUUUUGAAAUAAACAUGUAAAGUAAAACUACGAGGCCUAUCCCUACUCUUUCUCAGAGUACUCAUGCUGUAAUUCAGAACAAUAGUCUGUAUUUCUGACCUCAAAAUAAAAUGAUUUCUCCCUACUUCUUCCUAAUUUUAAGGCUCUUUUAACUAUAUUCCUUUGCUCACAUGUGUCUGUGACUGCCUUGGAAUCUUUUCCCCCAUUCCAUUUUCUUACUUAACAUGUGUUAGUAGAUAUAGUUGGGAUUACAGCUUUUUCACCUAGACCUUUUUCCCAUAGGGUAUUCAGCAAGAUCUUUAGUUGUGCUAGCUUGUCAGUAUCCUACUCAAUUCCUUCUUUUACAACACAAUCAUGUCUCUCUGUUUUAUACUCUUUAUGAAGUAAUAUCCCAUGCAUUUGCUUUAUCCAAUUUAGAUUCUCUUGAGCCUGACAUUGCUAAUCAUACUUACCUACUGUCCUUGAGGAAAAAUCAGAUUUUUCUGCAUUCACAAGAAGAAAUGAUUUUAGGAGUUUUAUUUGGCAUUUCUCCAGCAACAGGAAAACCCAUGUGAAGGUUUGAUCAAGAAUCUGCAGCAGGAUCUUCCUCUGCCCCAAAUUUUUCAUGGUAAUGGGACUCUAAUGGGACUCCCUAAACCCUUGAACCAUGGUGUCAAAUGAUCUCUGAUAGUACUAAAAUGCUUUGUUCUUGGAAACCAGUUUGAUGAGGUGUAUUGUGUAGAUAUUUGGAAAGAAUUUUCAGCUUAUUGAUGCUUGAUUCAUUCUUCAGUAGCUGUACAACUGUGCCUCUGUUACAUUUUAACAGUUUAAUACUUUAACUGGCCCCAGCCAUCUGCUCUGGGUUUGGUACUUAAAGAAGCUCCUCAGAUAACACAUUAUCCAUCAUGAGCUACAUACUGAUACAAUAGAUAGAACACUAAGAGACUGUACCGGAAUAAAAUAAGACAUUUAUGCCAGAAUUCUUGGCUAUAUGAUAUCUUAAUACUUUAUCAGGGGUAUAAAACUAAACAUUAAAAGUACUUAAAUGCUCAGCUGAAACCAGACUCCAACUUGAAAAGGCAGUGUGUUAUCAUGGAAAGAUUGCUAGGCUUAAAGUCAGGCAAGAUCUAGUUGUGAAUCCUGCUUCUGACUUAAUACUAAUAGUAUGACCUCAAAUGAAUCUGUUUUUCUCAUUCAUAGUAUAAAGGUAAUUGUAUCAACUUCAUAGGGCUGUUAUAAUGAGUGGCUGAAAAUAAUUAUAUAUAAAGCACCUUGCAAAUCUUAAAAGUAUUAUAUAAAAGCAAGCUACUAAAAUGCUAUUGAUGUAAGUUGGAAUUGUAGAAAUGACACAAAUUCCUGAGAGGAUGCCCAUUUUUCAUAAAAGCAAAAUUGAUGUAUCAACUGAAUGUUAAUUGUCACAGCAUAAAAAAGAUUAGGUCAUAUAUUGUUCAUAACUAUAGCUAGGAAAAGAAUUAAAGGACAGAGAAAUAAAGAUUAGGAAGCAGAGUCAAGAUGGUGAAGAAAAGACAGCAAUGUGCCAGAGCUCUCCCCAAAUCCUGCGCCCCUAAAUAUAAUGUCAAAACAAUUCCAGAAACAGAAUUCACAUAAAGAUGAGGUGAAAUAAUUUUCUAGCCAAAGACUACUUAGAAGGUCAGCAGGAAAGAUCGAUCCCACCUGGCUGAGAGUGGAGCAAAAUCCAGUGCUAGCUGUGCCGGCACAAUCCCAACCCCUUCCCUAGCAAGCUAGGAGUAGGUCUUGGUAGCUGCUUAAUCAGCAGUAGCAAUGGUUCCAGAGCUCUCAGCCUACAGAUAGUAAAGUCAAACAAUUGGUCAGAAGGAGAUAAUGGGUCUUUUUUCUGGCCCUGACACAGGACUCUUGUUUUGCCCAUAAUUCUAUGAGAAUCACGUGCACUAGCACACCAGAGCUUGUGACCAUAGUAGAGCAAGGACCCUCAUCACAGUUUCAUGAUGGAAAAGAAUGCUUGUGGUCACAGAUCAGAGCACAGGCCAGAAAAUUAGCAAACAUUUCUCCUAUCACACCACCUUGGAAGAAAAGUCUAAUAAUAGACUGGGAAAAUGAGCAAACAGAAGAAAAUAAUGAUCAUAGAAAAUUACCAUGAUGACAAGGAAGAUCAAAACACUCAGAAGAAAAUAACAGUCAAAGCUACAUCUAAAGCCUCCUAAAGCCUCCCAAGAAAAUUAGGGAUUGGUCUCAGAUCAUAGAAAAGCUCACAAAGGAUUUUGAGUCAUGUAAGAGGUAGAGGAAAAAAAGAGAGGUAGAGGAAGAGAAAUGAAAGUGAUGUGUGAAAAAGUCAUGAAAAAAAAAAAAAGACUUGCUUUGUAAAGGAGAUGCAAAAAAUACA